AGACAGAAGGAGAGACUGUAGGCAAACCAAUAGGAUAUAGUCUCCUUGUAUAGGAGAUUUUGCCUUCUUCGUGAUUGGCUAUUUGCGAGUGGAAGUUGAUCAGUGUAUAGACAUAUGGAUAAAACGAGAUUGCCGAGACGCCAGUAGUUGCCUAGCCUAUUUUAUUUAGUUCGCUGCCUUGUCUUUCAUCACAUUUUUUUCUUGUUGUUAAUGACACAUAUAUAAAACUUGCUGAUUCGCUAUAUUACUAUCAAAAUUAUUGAAAAUACGUUAUUUAUCUGUUGCCUUGUUACGCAAAAUCGGCUAGAGUAUGGUCGCUAGUUCAAAAAUGAUGAACGUAAGGGUUACAACGAUGGACGCUGAGCUGGAGUUUGCAAUUCAGCAAACGACCACAGGAAAACAGCUCUUUGAUCAAGUGGUUAAAACCAUUGGCCUGAGAGAAGUAUGGUUCUUUGGAUUACAGUACACUGACAUCAAAGGAGACCAAACUUGGAUUAAACUUUAUAAAAAGGUUAUGAGUCAAGAAGUUAAAAAAGAAAAUCCUUUACAGUUCAAGUUCCGAGCUAAAUUUUAUCCAGAAGAUGUUGCAGAGGAACUUAUCCAGGACAUUACGUUGCGGUUGUUUUAUUUGCAGGUAAAAAGUGCCAUCUUAACGGAUGAUAUUUAUUGCCCGCCCGAAACAUCAGUUUUAUUAGCAUCAUAUGCUGUACAAGCACGCCAUGGUGACUAUCAAAAAUCUACUCAUAACCCUGGGUUUUUAGCUAAUGAUCGACUUUUACCUCAACGUGUCAUGGAUCAGCACAAAAUGAGUAAGGAUGAAUGGGAAACUUCUAUUACUAACUGGUGGCAAGAGCACCGAGGAAUGCCUCGAGAGGACGCAAUGAUGGAAUAUCUUAAAAUUGCUCAGGAUUUAGAAAUGUAUGGUGUUAAUUAUUUUGAGAUUCGGAACAAGAAAGGUACAGAACUUUACUUAGGUGUUGAUGCUUUGGGACUGAAUAUAUAUGAAAAGGAUGAUAAACUCACUCCUAAAAUUGGGUUUCCUUGGUCCGAAAUCCGUAAUAUUUCGUUUAAUGAAAAAAAGUUCAUAAUAAAACCAAUAGAUAAAAAAGCACCAGAUUUUGUAUUUUUUGCUGCACGUGUUAAAAUUAACAAGCGUAUACUUGCACUGUGCAUGGGAAAUCAUGAGCUUUAUAUGCGGAGACGUAAACCUGACACUAUUGAUGUUCAACAAAUGAAGGCACAAGCAAAAGAAGAAAAGCUUGCUCGUGAAAAGCAGCGUGAAAAAUUACAAUUAGAAAUUGCUGCCCGUGAACGAGCUGAAAAAAAACAACAAGAAUUUGAAGAGCGUCUCCGUAGUAUGGCUGAAGAAAUGGAAAGAAGACAAGCAGAAUUAAGCGAAGCACAAGAAAUGAUCAGGCGAUUAGAAGAACAAUUGAAACAACUACAGGCUGCUAAAGAAGAACUUGAGGACAGGCAAAAGGAAUUAACAUCAAUGAUGGAAAAACUUGAACGUUCUCAUGAAAUGGAGGCAGCUGAAAGAGCAAAACUAGAGACGGAAAUCCGUAAUAAACAAGAAGAAGUUCAGCGUAUACAGUCAGAAGUUGCAGCUAAAGAUGCUGAAGCAAGGAGAUUGCAGGAAGAAGUAGAAGCUGCUAGAAUUCGUCAAGAAGAAGCUGAUAGACAGUAUCAAGCCAAUACUACGCCUCAUCAUCAUCACGUUCAAGAAAACGAAGAUGGUGAAGAAGGUGAAGAUGAAACUUUCCAUGGAGAUGUGACAAAAGAAUUACCCACAGAUGAAUCAAUUAUUGAUCCUAUUGAAGAAAGGCGUACUUUAGCCGAAAGAAAUGAGCGCCUCCAUGAUCAACUUAAAGCUCUUAAACAGGAUUUAGCACAAUCACGAGACGAAACGAAAGAAACUAUCAUGGACAAAAUUCAUAGGGAAAAUGUUCGUCAAGGUCGUGAUAAAUACAAAACAUUACGUGAAAUUCGUAAGGGUAACACUAAACGUAGGGUGGAUCAAUUUGAGAAUAUGUAAAGAAUGUUAAUCAAGACGCAUUGUAUAUGUGUUAAUUUUUUCAUUAUAGUUUAAAGAUUGAAAUAUACUUGUGCGCUUGCUAUAAUCAUAAAGUUUUUUAUGUAAUAAGUUUUCAUGUAUCUGUCAAAUUAUAGCUGAAAUGAUUAAUCUGACUAAUUAAGAAAAACUUGCCAGUACUGACAAGAUUUUUAUUAAAAAUAGAUACACGUAAAUAGUACAUUCAAAUAAUGAGCUACCAAUACUAUGUUCAAUUGCUACAAAAGAAAUAUCCAUAAAAAUUCUGUGCAAAUAUUCAUAAAAAUUCUAAUUUUCAAAAAUAGACAAUUUUCCAAAAAUUUUAAGUGAAGUUAAAUAAUAUUUUAGUAAAUUUCACGAUGGAAAUAGGUUUUAUAAAUUUAUAUAAGCUAAAUAUAGUAACACAAGAAUUUAUGAAAAAAUUGAAAAUCUAGUAAAUAAUUAAAUUUCUAUUUUAUUUCCUCUACUUAAAAAUAUAUUUUAUGUUUCUUACGUCUAAAAAAAUAUAAGUUUGAGAAAAAUUAUUCGCACUUUAAUAUGUAAAACAAUAAAUACAAAUAUUAAUAAAAUUUUUUGCUAUGAUAUCUCGUA